GAGCAGCGUGGAUGGGCGGGACGCAGCCGGCAGCACGCUGCGCUCACAUUCGCCACCCCCUCCGCCUGACGUCAUAAUAGCGGGUGGUGAAGGCUGCGGCCCGGUCGCAGCCGAUCGGGGCUGGUUUGAGCUGGUGCGUUGUCAUGGAGACGCGGCCGGGCCUAUAAAUAGAGGCUCUGCGGCGGGAGCUAGGCUUUGUCAAGCGGAGAGGCAAAGGCGGCCGGUGCGGCAGCAGCAGCCUCCAACCUGCGCGGCGGCGGGUGACGAGGGUCCGGCUCCACCCCCUCCAGUCGAAGCCACCGCUUUCCAGGCCCGCGGGGAACGGGCGGGUCGCAGCCGUCGAGUCCAGCCAGCUGCCGCGCAGGGGGGAAGAAGCUGCUGCUGCUGAAGAAGAACGAGCCGCCGCCGCUGCCAGAGACAAGUUUGCUGCAACAUCUUACAAUGACUGCCUAGGAAUUUGUGUAUUUCAAGAUCUUUCUUUCCUGGAGAAAACUCCCUAGAACAGCUGAAAGGAAACAUCGUUCAAAGUUGCAUCUUCAUUGACCCUGUACUUGUGUUGCCCUGAAAGCAAACUUGGUGGUGGUAUAACAAAAAAAAAAAUUAAGAAAAAUGAACAGCUUCAACAGUGAUGAGUUCAAUUUUACUUUCCUUGAUGAAGGCUUUGCUGCAAAAGAUAUUGUAGACCAAAAAAUAAAUGAAGUUUCUUCCUCUGAUGAUAAAGAUGCCUUCUAUAUUGCUGAUCUUGGGGAUAUUCUCAAGAAGCACUUGCGGUGGUACAAGGCUCUUCCCAGAGUGUCCCCCUUCUAUGCUGUUAAAUGUAAUGACAGCAUAGCUGUAGUGAAGACUCUUGCAGCUCUUGGUGCUGGUUUUGACUGUGCCAGUAAAACUGAAAUACAGCUGGUCCAGAGUGUUGGUGUGCCUCCUGAACGUAUAAUAUAUGCAAAUCCAUGCAAGCAAGUCUCUCAGAUUAAGCACGCAGCAAAUAACGGUGUGCAGAUGAUGACUUUUGAUAGUGAAGUGGAGCUAAUGAAAGUUGCAAGAGCCCAUCCAAAAGCAAAGCUAGUUCUGCGCAUUGCAACGGAUGAUUCAAAAGCGGUUUGUCGUCUGAGCGUUAAAUUUGGAGCUACACUCAAAACCAGCAGGCUGCUGCUUGAGCGAGCAAAAGAACUGAAUAUUGACGUGAUUGGUGUCAGUUUCCAUGUUGGAAGUGGCUGCACAGAUCCUGAGACUUUUGUGCAGGCUAUUUCUGAUGCCCGCUGUGUCUUCGAUAUGGGAGCUGAACUUGGUUUCUGCAUGCACCUUCUUGACAUUGGUGGUGGCUUUCCUGGUUCCGAAGAUGUGAAACUUAAGUUUGAAGAGAUAACAAAUGUCAUCAAUCCUGCACUGGACAAAUAUUUUCCUUCUGAUUCUGGAGUGAGAAUUAUUGCGGAGCCUGGCAGAUACUAUGUUGCAUCGGCUUUUACAUUGGCUGUUAACAUCAUUGCAAAGAAGGUUGUAAUAAAGGAGCAGAGUGGUUCUGAUGAUGAAGAAGAGCGUAAUGACAGAACUCUUAUGUAUUAUGUAAACGAUGGAGUAUAUGGAUCUUUUAACUGCAUUCUAUAUGAUCAUGCGCAUGUUAAGCCAGUUUUGCAAAAGAGACCCAAGCCAGAUGAGAGAUACUAUCCCUGCAGCAUAUGGGGGCCAACAUGUGAUGGUUUAGAUCGCAUAGUUGAACGCUGCGGCAUGCCGGAAUUGCAGGUUGGAGACUGGAUGCUGUUUGAAAACAUGGGGGCUUACACUGUGGCAGCUGCUUCUACUUUCAAUGGAUUCCAGAGACCAACAAUACAUUAUGUAAUGUCAAGGCCAGCAUGGCAACUGAUGGAGCAGAUAAAAGAGCAAGGCUUUCAAGCAGAAGUGGAAGAGCAAGAUGUCACUUUGCCGCUGUCCUGUGCCUGGGAAAGUGGAAUUGAGCACCAUCCAGCAACUUGUGCUUCAGCUAGCAUUAAUGUAUAGAUAAGGUUUAGCUAACUCGCAAGUUUUAGGAAAGGAUAUUUUUUUUUAGGGCUUUUGGGACCAUUAACUUAAUUCCUGCUAGAAUUUUUUAAUGUGUUGAUUAGAGUGCGUGAAUGUCAAGAGUAGACAGCUAGGAGAUGGGAAGGGUCACAUUUAUCUGUGUUCCUAUGGAAACUAUUUGAAUAUUGUUUUAUAUGGAUUUUUAUUCACUUCUCAAAUACGCUACUAAAAACUGAUCCUUGACUGUUAAGUCAACAAGCAUUUGUAGCUUGUGCAUUUGGCAGAAGGUCUGAAUGUAGUCUUGUGGCCGGACUAUUUUACAAUAAAGUCUAUUGAAAUAA